GGCUGUUUGUAUGUGUAUGGGACUCUUUGUAAAUGUGAGAGAUUCUUUGUACUUUGUAUGUGUUGGGAACACAUUUGUAUGUGUUGGGAACUCUUUGUAUGUGUUGGGAACUCUUUGUAUGUGCUGGGAACUCUUUGUAUGUGUUGGGAACUCUUUGUAUGUCUCUUUGUAUGUGUUGGGAACACUUUGUAUGUGUUGGGCACUCUUUGUAUGUGUUGGGCACUCUUUGUAUGUGGAACUCUUUGUAUGUGUUGGGAACUCUUUGUAUGUGUUGGGAACUCUUUGUAUGUGCUGGGAACUCUUUGUAUGUGUUGGGAACUCUUUGUAUGUGUAGGGAACUCUUUGUAUGUGUUGGGAACUCUUUGUAUGUGUAGGGAACUCUUUGUAUGUGUAGGGAACUCUUUGUAUGUGUUGGGAACUCUUUGUAUGUGUUGGGAACUCUUUGUAUGUGUAGGGAACUCUUUGUAUGUGUAG